AUGGACGAAAUUGACGGAAUAAAUCCAUUACCUACCACAAUAGCUAUCAAUCAAAAGAUAGGGCAUAGUAGAACACUAAAAAAUACAGAUAACAACUCCCCAGUCCUGCCGAAAUUUGACUUGGCAUUCGACUUGGCGUUAGAUUUAACAACAGUUGACGGGAGCGAAGAAGGUAGUGAAGAAGGAAUUGUAAUGAGAGAAUGGUUGAAAGAAAAUAAUGGACAAUACGCGGAAACAAUCGCGACAUGUCAAGAACAGGUACUGAUUCAAGAGAAAGUUAUACCUGCGAGGACUAUUGAGACCUAUGCACCAAUAGAUACCAAUUCAACCAUUACCUUUAUAGAACCAAACGGUAAUACACCUACGUGUUUUGCUAGUAGCAGAGAAACUAAAAGAGUAGAAGGCGAUAUAAGACAAACCACAUUAUUGGUAUUGCCAAAACAUGGCAAAGAAGGAGAUAACAAGUUAGCACAACCAGGAGUUAUAGUAAGAAAACAGGCACUAGGCCUAGCAUUACAAAAAGACGAAAGUAAUAAAAUAAAAAUAAAAACGACGAGUAAUCACGACACAAACCAGUCUGUAAGAAACGGAUCGGAAAAAGAAAUAGAUGAUGGAGCCAAUAAAGGGCACACCAUCACGAUUCAACGUAAUCAAAAUUUAGAAACCUAUGCAACUUCAUCUCAGAGAAGAAACGCAUGGAGGCCACAAAGAAAGAAUUUAAUAAAUGUGGAGUCUACUGCCGGAUACGGACAGCAACAGUACAGUUCGAAUCAACAGUACGAACGGUAUCCCACCACGUUUAGAGAUACGUACAACACUAGAUAUAAUACAAGGUAUUAUAGACAUUCACGAUACCAGAAACGUGGGACCACGGUCUCAAAACAGGCACGACAGGGAACAUACUCACCCUCACCCUCACCCUCAAACAUUAAAAGGGGAAGCUCCCCCGAGUUUAAUUACUUUACAACUACCACCACAACACUUAAUGUUGGGGCAUGAGAUGAUAGCUGAACGAAUACAGCAGCAGAGACAACAAAAAACAGCCAACCACAUAAAUAAAGAAAAGAAAAGGAAGGGAAAGAAGUGGAGAAAGAAUCAAAUACUGCCAGGAUAUAUUCAUGAGAAAGUAUUAAGUUAAAUUCGAAUACUAUCCUGCAAAAACAUAGAGGAUGAUGAUUUAUUUAUCGAACUGGUUAGAACUAGGCAUGUGACAGUUCCAUUUCAGCUCAUAGAGCUGGAACUGG